GUGCGCAGAUCAGCGGUGCGCUGUGUCCCUCGAACUGAUCACCGAUCCAUGGAAAGAGCCAAAGACGUCGGCUCGGUCAUGUGAUCAGCUGUGUCCAAUCACAGCUGAUCACAUGGGACAUGUACACUGAUCAUUAGGGCACUGAUGAUCAGUGUGCCCUGAUGAUCAGUGUAGCCCCAGAAGUGCCACCUGUCAGUGUCCAUCAGUGCCAGCUGUCAGUGCUGAACAGUGCCACGUGCCAGUGCCCAUCAGUGCACAUCAAUGCCACAUAUCAGUGCCCAUCUGAGCUGCCUUUCAGUGUCACCCAUCAAUGCCAAUCAGUGCCACCUAUCAGUGCCACCUAUCAGUGCUGCCAAUCAGUGCCACCUAUCAGUGUGCGCAUCAGUGCCACCUAAGAGUG